AAACACAGCUCCAGCACACAACGCCCUUCAUACCCGGCUAUAUAGUAUCCACCACCUUCCCGGACGGUACCCUACGACUUCUUCCCCUCCCCCUUCCCCCUCCCCGUCAUAGCCAAAUCAUAUAACCAUACAUACUUGUCUCCGACAUGUUCGCCCAAGGUUCUUUUCGACCUCUUCACGAGCUACCACCUGUCCCUCGUAGACCUAUCGAUCAUACGGACACUCAGGAAUCUCCUUUUUUCGACGACGAGAACGGUUCCAGUCGCGAUCAUUCUCGACGCACCAGUAGCGAAGUCCAUAUGUCAGAUUCACAGCCGCCCAUGUACGUCAAACCACACCAGGUUGGGGAUCUUCUUCGUCGUCUGAGUAGUGACAGUUUGGAACAAUUCAUUUUAGACGGAUCCGAGCCCAUCCACGCACCCAUUCCACGCCACGCAUCGCAGACAGCGUUCAAGCCAGCCAACAUGGAUCCCUCCCCAGGUUCUCCGAACAAGCCACGUCAAGUUCGCGCUUCCCCGUCCCCCUCGCGUCAUCCCCAUCAUCACGGUCUUUCUGCUCUGUCGCCGCUGCAAAUGUUUUCGCCACUCGAAUCGAACCAACCUCCCAUGCCCAAGCCAAAGUCGCGGGCGCCUUCGGAAACCAGCAGCGGUGGACCGAGGAGGCCCACUUCGGUCACCCCGUCAUUAAGCAGAAGGCAGAGUGUCAUCAGCCAGGCGGCCAAAUGGGGUCAAAGGGAAUAUGAUAUAGGCAGGGAGGAGCCAUACAGCAUCGGAGAGGUUUUCUCCAGGCUCACCAUUGUCAAAGCUCCAGCCGAAAAGGAUACUGGACUCAGACAACGGUCCAAAUCCUCAUCCUCUCUGAACCCCUUCACUGCACUCAGUGUCACCUCUGACGGCCCCGCCACCGCCAAUCGUCCUCGCCGCUCUUUUGCCGCGUCUUCCUUCGCUGGGUUCUCACCCAUCUCCGCCACCACUCCAAGAUCCCCUCUCUCGCCCGCACCCCAUUAUGGUGGAUUCGGAUUUGGCGAUGCUGUCAAUCGUAUCAUGGUCGCUGGCGAUGAACCCCAAUCAGAGAUCCAACACAAGACUCUCAGUCCUGAAAAAGUUUUGGAGAUUGCCAGAGGCCUCGAAGCACCCAUCGCAAUACCAGAAGGUGGCCUCAAACGAGCGGACUUAAAACGUCGCAAAUCGGCGAAUAAACGUAAUCAAUCUCAUACGGCACCACAGUCGCCGGAGAUAGAACCACUGGCGCUUGAACCUGUGGAAUACCUGCAGAUGGACGAAGACACUUUGUUACCCUUCGUUGAUCGUCCACGCGAGGUCAACGAGCUGCUCAUACACACAUCCAAUGAGAGGACAUUCGCCCUCCUCAGAGCGGCUUUUCCCAAACACGAAGCGCGUGAGAAGUGGAGAGACAUUCCACCGACCGAAUGGUGCUGGGACGAAUUCGUCCUUCACCUCACCACCGUCGACCGUUUCGAAUAUCCCGACUAUGCGUGGGUGUUCAAAGCUCGGCAGGCUGUGAGACAGCAUAGCAUCGCCUUGUGGGAGAAACUCGGCUCUAUUCUCGGAUGCGACCCCAAUCUCCUGAACGCUGGUGGUGAAGAUGGUGCGCCGGAGUCUUGGGGUGGACUGGGACUGGGUGACGAGGGCGAGUUUGACCCAACGGAGAAUCAAGUGUUAAUCGAAGGUCUUUCUGCCAUCGAAUUCAACGAGUUCAUCAAAGCGGAACGAGCGUUUGUCGAAGGUUUCGGCCCGGUCGUUGAGGAUGAAGGUCAGCAAGCCGCCGCUGGUAUGACGGCGUUGCUUGGAGGAAUGGAAACGAUAGGAGAAGGUGAUGAAGAUGCCACAGCCGCCAAACAUGGUCUCACAACCGCUCAACGCGCAGCCAAGAAGGCGGCCAUUGACCCCAUGUCACCGUAUGCCGAAUCAUCCCCUAUUCUUGGCCCUAAACCAGCAGCCAAACACAUUCGUUCUCGAUCUUCUGUCGGACUGCAGAUCAUGAAUGCUCCUCAACCAGCUCUUCUUGGGUCUCCUGACUUGUCACCCCAAACCCCGUACAUGCGGCCCACCCAAAUCUACGAGCGUGGACCCGGAAGUCCAUUGUUUCCGAGUAGCUUCAGCAGUCUGUCGGCUGAGCCGAACCUGGGUCGAUCGGCUAGUGUGGGAGUAGGAGGUGCUAAGCCGAUGAAAAGUGGGGAGGAUUUUGCGAGGGUGGGAAGAAGGAUUGUGAGGAAACCCAGUGGUGCUGGUUUGAGUGAGAGCGCCAUCACCUUUGCAAGUGAAUCAGACUAUGCCCACUCCGCUGCAGGACACGAUUAAAUAAUUCCUUCAUAUCAAUCUAGAAUAUCCUAACGAACUGUCAAAAAAAGCGUACCAAUUGUGUACAGACUGUGUCCACGUAUGACACAUUGAUCAUCUUUCCCGACUGAUUGUAUCAUUUACUCUACCAUUCUUUUACUUUGACUUGUCUCCGUGUUGCUUGCUUCAUCUUUCGAACCGUCAUAUUUCGUAGACAUUGCAUGUUAUGUGUAUAUACAGUUAGAUCAACAUGUCAUCUCAUCUGUUUUC